GUAGAUUUAGUUGUGUGAUCUUUUAUAUGCUCAGUAUUUUAAACAGCACAUAUCUGUACACGACAGAGGCCGUGCGGUGAGCAAGCGCAGCUGAUAAGAGUAAACACUCAAGUGUAGAGAUUGAGCUCGAUGUGUGUGUGAUUCUGCGGGAGGAAAGUUGGCUGUCAAGAACCAGCGAAUGUGCACCGGGGAAUAUGGUGUUUUCAUGUGAACAGUGGUUCAAUGCUUUUUUCCUCUUCCUGGUAAGAUUAGCGGAAGCCAGCGGUAGUGUAGCGUUUUCUCUCUCCAUCCGCAGCAGCCGGUUGUGACAGACAGCGAUUCGCUUCCCGGUGUAUCUCAAUAACGGACAAACAUCUCAUCAUCUCCUCCACGGCUUUGGACUAUUUGUUACCGAGCAGGUCGAUCAGCGAUUUCUGAAGAUGACUGGCAAGUCAGUCAAAGACAUUGACCGCUAUCAGGCGGUUCUCACAUCCCUUCUCACGUCAGAGGAAAACAAGUUUUGCGCGGAUUGUUACGCCAAAGGUCCCAGAUGGGCGUCCUGGAAUCUUGGAAUCUUCAUUUGUAUCCGCUGUGCUGGAAUCCACCGGAAUCUUGGUGUUCACAUCUCACGAGUGAAAUCCGUAAACCUGGAUCAGUGGACUCAAGAGCAGAUACAGUCUGUUCAGGAAAUGGGCAAUGCCAAAGCUCGGAGACUAUAUGAGGCCUUUUUACCAGAGUGCUUCCAACGGCCAGAGACGGACCAAGCGGCUGAGAUUUUUAUCCGUGACAAAUAUGAUAAGAAAAAAUAUAUGGAUAAAUGCAUUGACAUCCAGUCAUUCAGGAAAGAAAAGAGUGAAACCGUAACAAAAGAGGCUCCCGUUGUUUUUGAAAAGAUGAAGCUGAAAAAGGACGAGCCACAACAGUUCAAAAACACUCCAAAGAAACAGUCACAGUCUGUCAAUGACUUACUAGGACUAGAUGCCCCAGCACCUCAAGCUCCAGUGACCAAUGGCAAACCAAGUACUGAAAUUAGUCCUGCCCUCGACCUCUUCAGUUCUCUGCCUGCAGCUGUCAGCAGCUCAAACUCUGCCAGGAGCACGCCUAGCUCAGGGUCCAUGCCCACUGGACGGGUAGCAGCAUCAGUGCCCGAAAACCUCAGUCUGUUCCUUGAUCCUCCAACCAAAAGUGACGACGGUGGAAAGAAGUUAUCCAAGGACUCAAUCUUGUCCCUGUACAGCAGUACAGCGCCAAAAACAAACAUGGCUGCUCAUGCUGGCAUGUACAUGGGAGCAACCCAGAUGGGCUACGUUCCUGCUGCAGGAUAUGGCCAAUACCAGGCCCUGGGUGCCCAGCAGGGCAUGAUGGGACCUAUGAUGGCUCCACAUAUGAACAUAGUGGGACAGGCAGGUGUCAUGCCGCAACCCGGAGUGGCAGCUGCUCCUCCGUACAUGGCAGGGGUGCAGGGCGGUGUAAUGGGAAUGCAGAACGGCAUGAUGGGAAACAUGACAGCAAUUCCUCAGCAGGCAUAUGGAGCACAGCAGGCCCAACAGCUGCAGUGGAACAUCAGCCAGAUGACUCAACACAUGGCAGGAAUGAAUUUCUACGGUGCCAAUAACGUGAUGGGAUACGGGCAGUCCAUGGGCGGUACAGCUGCGCCUGGGUCAAAUCCAAUGCUUGGGUCACACGUGUGGAAGUGAUGACAUCAUAACCAAACAAACAAAAAAAAAAAAAGAGUGAAAGUGGGACAGCCUGUUUGAAUUGGGUGGGCUCAUUUGGCUCUGUGACUGACUGACAGCAGAAGGGGAACAGAUUGUAGGAGCAAACACACUGGGGAGUCCAAUAGAUGAUCGCAGCUGAAGCAAAGUCUCUACCUCCCUCAUUUUCAGAGCCACAAUCUCAUGCUUGCCUUCAAACAGUCACACACUCAGAGAGAGUGAAUAGAGGUUUUAUUCGCAAGGUAUUGUGCGUUUGCUGCGAGUGCACUCUUCAGAUGAAUGUUUCUUUGCUG